CACUAUUCACUGGUGACGAGAGGUGGGGUUACACUCAUAUCUCACUAACUGUUGGACUGUGCCGCAGCCGAAGCAGGACAUAAAAAAAAGUUGGUGUACCUGCACAGCUUGAAUCAUCUUGGCCACCUCCACCUUAGUUUUUCCCUUCACUGGUUUCCCGUUCACACCUGUGAUUUCAUCACCUGCUGCCAGCGUCCCAUCCAGAGCUGCCGGCGUGUUAUCAAAGACCUGCAAAACAACAGUAACCACACUCAAAAGGGUACCAGUGACACGGAAGACAGACUGUGCCUGAGUUUAAACACCAUCUUCCCACAUUUAGCUCCAGGACUGAUCACCAGCAAUCAAUAUGAGUAUGCAACUUGAGCUGAAGAAUGUGGAUCUGAGAGCUGGAGAUGAGCUGAAGAUAAAGGGGGUAAUUCUGCAUGAUGCAGAGAGAUUCCAGAUCGAUCUCGGCUGUGAUACAGAUGACCUGGCGCUGCACUUCAACCCUCGUUUCCAUGACGACGCUGAUGGUACUGUGCUGGUGUGCAAUUCAAAGACUGCUGGUUGUUGGGGCGAUGAAAAACGGGAAAUUCACAACCCCCUACAGAGGGGUGCUGAUGUCAAGAUUGUGUUGAAACUGGUUGGAGACGUGUUUGAGGUGGAGCUUCCUGAUGGGCAAGAAGUCCAGUUUCCAAACCGUGUAGGCAUGGAUACCAUCAGCUACAUCAGAGUCACAGGAGACUUCAAACUGAAAUCCUUCAAGAUCUGCUAAGAGACACGACUGCUGUAAACACACAUGCUGCGUUCAACAGUUUAGUUAUCGAUGAGAUUUGAGACUUGGCCAGUUAUUGUAAGAAACACGAAGAAUCAUUUAGAAAUAAGAAGCUUUGCUGCAUAAGGAAUGUAUUAAUUUAAGUGAAUUAAA